CGGCUGCAGCUGGACCCUUCUCGCAGCAGCUGACAAGCAUCCAUGGAAAGGUGUCCCGGCUGUUGUUGAGCCGCAGCGCCCCCUGCUGUUGCAGCCUCUGCACCACAACUCGACAUCCGCAGAAGUAGCAGCGUCUCUUCUGUCACCACCGGGACUGCCUGUCCUCCGAGACAGGAAUACAUCUGUAAACUCAAAGACCAACUGUCUGCAGGCAAAAUGGUGAACUUCACCACGGAUCAGAUUCGUUCCAUCAUGGACAAGAAGUCCAACAUCAGGAACAUGUCUGUGAUUGCCCACGUGGAUCAUGGGAAGUCAACUCUGACCGACUCCUUGGUGUCCAAGGCGGGGAUCAUUUCUUCAUCCCGAGCCGGAGAGACCCGCUUCACAGACACACGCAAAGACGAGCAGGAGCGCUGCAUCACCAUCAAAUCAACGGCCAUCUCUAUGUACUACGAGCUUGCCGAUAGCGACCUGGCGUUUAUCAAGCAGAAUGUGGACGGGAACGGCUUCCUCAUCAACCUGAUCGACUCUCCUGGUCACGUAGACUUCUCCUCUGAGGUCACGGCUGCCCUCAGGGUCACCGAUGGAGCCCUGGUAGUGGUGGACUGUGUCUCAGGUGUGUGUGUGCAGACAGAAACGGUACUGCGGCAGGCCAUCGCUGAGCGCAUCAAACCGGUUCUGAUGAUGAACAAGAUGGACCGGGCCCUACUUGAGCUGCAGCUGGAGCCAGAUGCGCUCUUUCAGACCUUUCAGCGCAUCGUGGAGAACGUCAACGUCAUUAUCUCCACCUAUGGAGAGGAUGAGAGCGGGCCCAUGGGGAACAUCAUGAUUGACCCCAUUGUUGGCACAGUCGGGUUUGGCUCUGGCCUCCAUGGCUGGGCGUUCACCUUGAAGCAGUUUGCUGAGAUGUAUGUGGCUAAGUUCACAGCAAAAGGAUCCGCAGAGCUGGGACCAGCAGAGAGGUGUAAGAAAGUGGAAGACAUGAUGAAGAAACUGUGGGGAGACAGAUAUUUUGACCCAAAUGCCGGCAAGUUCAGUAAGUCUUCAACCGGUCCUGAUGGCCAGAAACUUCCCCGCACCUUCUGCCAGCUCAUUUUGGAUCCCAUCUUUAAGGUCUUUGAUGCCAUCCAUGAUUUCAAAGAAGGACGAGACCAGCCAAACUAA